CUCCCCACGAAGCCUACUCAAACGGUCAAAUCACACGCUGCACCGCCCUCCGCCCGCCUAACAAACUGGAUCUUAGAAAUCCGUGUUGGUUGGUUUGUCGUUGCAAUGACUAUCGAUUCCUAAUGAAAACGGGCAUGGCCGAAUCUUUUUAUAAUCUGAGAAUCCGCCUAUUUUAGCCGCACGCUUUGGAUAUCCAUAUCCAUUAUUCGACACUCUUUACCAUCAUUAUCCUUCACCAAACACCAGUCUUUUCCGCCAUGCGCUCCUUUCUCUUCCCCUUGCUCGCCACGGCCAGCGGGGUGGCCGCUUCUCGCUAUGUCGUCUACUUUGAUCAAUACCACACGGCAUCCCUGCCCACCAAAGAAGUCACGGCCGGCAUCACACAUGUGAUUACCGCUUUUGCGAGCUCGUCUCUCUUUACCACAGACCCUCCCGGCGACUAUCAGCCGUUCAUGAACGUCACACAGGUCAGGGCCUUGUUCGACCGCGGCACCAAGCGGCUGGGCUAUGACUGUGUUGACGUCGACUGGGAAUACCCCGGCGGCAAUGGCGAAGACUACAGGAAGAACCCGAAUUCCAACAAGACCUCGGAGAUCGAAACCUUCCCUCUGCUCCUUGCCGAGAUCAAGAAAGCCAUUCCAUGCAAGGAGCUGUCCAUCGCCGUCCCAGGCCGCGAGGAGGACAUGAUCGCCUACACCGCAGAGCAGGUCCCCAAGAUUAACGCUGCCGUGGACUACAUCAAUGCCAUGACGUACGACCUCAUGAACCGUCGAGACAACUUCACCAAGCACCACACCCCGAUCCAGGGGUCUCUCGAGACAGUCAAGACGUACAUCUCGCGGGGCAUGACGCCGAGCAAGAUGAAUCUGGGCCUUGCUUUCUAUGCCAAGUGGUUCAUGACGGCGAAAGGAUCGACGUGUACGUCGCCCGUCGGGUGCCCGACGGAGCUCCUUGAGGCCGCCGACGGCACCGACACGGGCAAGUCUGGGGCCAUGACCUUCGAAGCGGCCAACUUCGCGCCCGUGCCGACAAACCUGACCGAGACCACGGACGGCACGUGCGGUGCAGGCACAUAUGCCAAGUGCAAGGCGUCAGACUGCUGCGGCCAGUACGGCUUCUGCGGCACGGAAGUUGGCCAUUGUGGCACCGGAUGCCAGUCGGGCUUUGGGCGGUGUGAGGGCGUGUCGACGAAGGACUCGUUCAAGAAGGCGGUGGCCAACGCCGAGUACGACAGCACCAACGGCGGCGAGUGGUACUGGGACGCCGAGGGCGGCAUCUUCUGGACUUGGGACACGCCCAGCAUCAUCCAGGCCAAGUUCGACCAGAUAAUCGGCCCCCAGCGCCUUGGCGGCGCCAUGGCUUGGAGUUUGGCAGAGGACAGCGAGGGCUGGAGCCACCUGCUUGCGAUGCAGGCCGCAGUGAAGAAUCGCCACACUCAUGGCAAGCACCGCCGGCGGCACGACAUGUCCUGAUUAGGUGGAUAGCUAGAUGGCAAGCAGAGGCUAGAUUCAUGUGGUUUCUUCUUCUUUGGAAACAUACUUAGCUUACUUGAUUACAAUAAUUGAGGCUUCUUGAAUAAAUCACUAUUUAUACAG